AUGAAGAAGACCCAUUCAGGGCCAAAGAUUCAAUUUUUUGAAUCACUCUUUCACGUUUUGCUACUGUUACCUGUAUUUUACCCUCUUGCACACUCGCAGCCCGGCCCGAACGACGAUGCUUCGGCCAUGUUUGCGCUCAGGAAAAGCCUCAACCCGCCGGAUGGGCUCCUGUGGGCCGACCCGGACCCGUGCAAGUGGGGCCGUGUCUACUGCUUGGAGAACAGGGUCACUCGGAUUCAAAUCGGGCAUCAGAAUCUCGCGGGCACUCUCCCGACCGAGCUUUCUUCCCUUACUCAGCUCGAGCGCUUGGAGCUGCAAUGGAACAACAUUUCCGGGCCUCUCCCGAGUUUAAAGGGUUUGAGUUCUCUUCAAGUUCUAAUGCUUAGUCACAAUCACUUUACUUUCAUCCCUGCUGAUUUUUUCUCCGGCAUGUCCUCUUUGCAAUCCGUUGAGAUCGAUAAUAACCCAUUUUCCGCGUGGGAAAUACCAGAGAGCCUCAGAAAUGCGUCGACCCUUCAGAAUUUCUCGGCAAAUUCUGCGAACAUCACCGGCAAAAUCCCGGCAUUUUUUGGGCCCGAUGCGUUUCCGGGCCUGACCACCUUGCAUUUGGCUCUCAAUAGCUUGGAGGGCGAGCUGCCACCGGGUCUCUCCGGGUCGCAGAUCGAGUCUCUGUGGGUGAAUGGGCAGAAACUUGGUGGAGGGAUUGAUGUUUUGCAGAACAUGACGUUCUUGAAAGAGGCUUGGUUGCACUCUAAUGGGUUCACUGGCCCUUUGCCAGACUUUUCGGGUUUGAAGAACUUGGAGGUUCUGAGUUUGAGGGACAAUUCCUUCACGGGCCCUGUUCCUUCGUCAUUGGUGAAUCUCGAGUCCUUAAAAGUCGUAAACUUGACGAAUAACUUGCUCCAAGGGCCAAUGCCAAAGUUCAACAAUACAGUUGCAGUUGAUAUGACCAAUGAUACUAACAGUUUUUGCCUGACAAAGCCCGGUGAUUGCGACCCUAGAGUCAACAUGUUGCUCUCAAUCGUAAAAUCCAUGAACUAUCCGAGAAAAUUCUCCGAAAAUUGGAAAGGAAACAACCCCUGCGCUGAUUGGUUCGGAAUCACUUGCAACAUGGGGAACAUAACCAUAGUCAACUUCGAGAACAUGGGCCUCACUGGCACCCUCUCCCCUAAUUUCACAUCCCUGAGGUCCCUCCAGAGACUGAUCCUUGCCAACAACAACCUAACUGGCACCAUCCCAGACGGGCUUGCCUCCCUACCGGGCCUCAUAGAGCUUGAUGUAUCCAACAACCACCUGCACGGAAAAAUACCAGCCUUCAGAGCCAACACGAUUGUGAAAACCGGCGGGAAUCCUGACAUUGGACACGAUAAUCCCAGCUCGAACUCCUCAGCCUCAUCCUCUGCAGCAAGCCCAGGCUCAGAAACCGGCCCACACAACAACCGCCGAAAAUCCCGUAACAUGACGGGUGUCAUCAUAUUCUCCGUGAUCGGAGGACUAUUCGUCCUCUGCUUAAUCGGGCUGACUGGCUUCUGCUUGUACAAGAGCAAGCAAAAGCAGUUCAGCCGAGUCCAGAGCCCGAACGCAAUGGUGGUCCACCCUCGCCACUCGGGCGGGUCGGACAACGACAGCUUGAAGAUCACGGUGGCUGGGUCCAGCGUGAGCGUGGGCUCCCUCAGUGAGACCCGCACUGGCCCUGCGGGCGAGUCUGGCGACAUCCAGAUGGUCGAGGCAGGGAAUAUGGUGAUCUCUAUACAGGUUCUGAGGAACGUGACGAACAACUUCAGCGAGGAGAAUGUGCUCGGACGGGGUGGUUUCGGGACGGUUUACAAAGGGGAGCUUCAUGACGGGACCAAAAUAGCUGUGAAGAGAAUGGAAUGCGGAGUAAUUGCGGGGAAAGGAACUGCGGAGUUCAAAUCGGAGAUUGCGGUCCUGACCAAAGUCCGGCACCGGCAUCUGGUGGCCCUGCUCGGGUACUGUCUGGAUGGAAAUGAGAAGCUGCUAGUGUACGAGUACAUGCCGCAGGGGACUCUGAGCAGGCAUCUUUUUGGCUGGGGUGAGGAGGGGCUGAGGCCUCUGGAGUGGACUAGGAGGUUAUCAUUAGCACUGGAUGUGGCGAGGGGGGUGGAGUACCUGCACGGGCUGGCCCACCAGAGCUUCAUACACAGAGACCUCAAGCCAUCGAAUAUACUUCUGGGGGAUGACAUGCGAGCCAAGGUGGCGGAUUUUGGGCUAGUCCGGCUUGCGCCUGAGGGUAAGGGGUCGAUUGAGACGAGGAUAGCGGGGACCUUUGGUUACCUUGCGCCUGAGUACGCAGUGACUGGGAGAGUGACCACCAAGGUCGAUGUCUUCAGCUUUGGUGUCAUCCUGAUGGAGCUCAUCACGGGCAGGAAGGCCCUGGACGAGACCCAGCCCGAGGAGAGUGUCCAUCUUGUCACGUGGUUCAAGCGAAUGCACCUCAACAAAGAGGCUUUCCGAAAGGCUGUGGACCCGGCCAUCGACCUCGACGACGACACCCUGUCAAGCAUCGGCACUGUCGCUGAGCUGGCAGGCCACUGCUGCGCGCGUGAGCCCUACCAGAGGCCCGACAUGGGUCAUGCAGUCAACGUGCUCUCCUCUCUGGUCGAGCUCUGGAAACCAUCGUCCGAACCGGGGCCCGAGGACAUUUACGGAAUCGACCUCGAGAUGUCUUUGCCCCAGGCGCUAAAGAAGUGGCAGGCAUUCGAGGGGCGGACACACGCAGACUCGUCUUCCUCGUCUUAUCUGCCGAGCAUGGACAAUACUCAGACAAGCAUACCCACGAGGCCGUUCGGGUUUGCCGAGUCCUUCACCUCAGCUGAUGGCAGGUGA